GCCUAUGCGUCGAACAACCCUACUGUUGCUGCGACGGGGAACACUGAUGAUGGCCACCGUCCAGAACUGAGGCUGAGAGUUGGACGCAAGAACAGUCUUCUGUUGUCGUCUUGGGUUGGUGAAAAGUACGGUAUUGUCUGCAUUGCAUACUAUUGGGAGUUGGGAAGGACGGUGAAAGACGAGGUGACUGUCGGCGAAUUUCCGUCGCUUUUAUCGGCAGGUUCCAGACCAAGGGGGGUUUCACAGGGGCACAAUUCACUGUGUCGUCAGUUUGCGCGUCGUCUUCUUCGUUGGUGCAGGUGGCAUCAUCUGACAUUUAAUUUUUUUUUUUUGAAACGCGAGCAUUCUUCUGUACAUACUACAUAAGUGUCUCGGCGCACAACCUGUCGUUUGUUUGUUCUUUUGUAAUCGAUCACGACAAACAAGCGGAUCUUUUCAAAAAAAAAAGGGAAAAAACAAAAAAAAAACGGAGUGGAACCGUUGUCAGCUGUCCCUCCCCUCUUUUUCUGUCCUUCCUGUAUAGAUGCCCACUUCUCAGUGUGCCUUGUUAUCUCUGUCUGUUUAGGAUUGCCAGGCAGAAGAAGAAGAAGAAGAAGAUUCUUUCUUUUUCUUUCGGGAAGAUUCGUUCUUCGUUCAAAGAAGGCUCUUUUUUUUGCGGCCGUUCUUGUUCUUGUACAUUCUAUAUUGUGUCUGUUUCCAAAUGCCACGUCGACUUUGCCGUUGCCUGGGGUGUUCUAUAUUCUAUUCUGUGUCCAUUUUACGGAGAUCAUACAUCGACCUGGCAGUGCCCGGUGGUUAUCAUUGACAGGCAGAAGAAGAUUCUGUGCUGUUUUUUUUUUUUUUUUUUUUUUUYUUGAGAAGGUUGUUCUGAGAAGGUAAUUGAGACAGCAAAGAAUCGUCCGGGAAGAUUCAGCAGUGUCCGUUUGGACUUUCGAGAAUAUUCCUUUCGUCCGGUUCUUUUUGUUUGUUUUUGUUUCUGUACAUUCUAUUGUGUGCGUUUGUUUACGGGCUUCGUACGUCCACGGUGCGGUAUGGGGAGACUUCAUGUCAUUCAGUUGGAAGGUAGGAUAUACAGCUGCAAGCAAUGCAGAAGCCACUUGGCGAACAUGGAUGAGCUUAUUUCGAAAGCGUUCCAUUGCCGGCAAGGAAAAGCGUACCUAUUCAACACCGUCGUCAAUGUGUCGAUUGGACCGAAGGAGAACCGUGUUAUGACGACUGGCCUUCACACGGUUGCCGACAUCUACUGCAACUGCUGCCAACGCAUCGUUGGCUGGAAAUACGUCGAGGCCUUCGUCAAGAGCCAGAAGUAUAAAGAGGGGAAGUACAUUCUCGAGCGUCAGAAGAUGACCGAUGGAGACGGAAGCGACUACUACAUGGAUUCACAGCCUUUGGGGAGUGACACUGAUGAUGUAUAGGAAAAACGAAAAAGCUUCGAUAUGAAAAGGAUUUGAUGUGUCAUGUCUGAGGUAGGGGUCACCAUUGCCUUCAAUUCA